AUGGCUCUUUCCAGUAUCCUGACAGAAGCUGAAAUUGCUGCUGGUCUACAUAGCUGUCAAGCUGCUGAUUCAUUUGAUUACAAAACCUUCUUUGUCAAAGUGGGUCUCAACUCCAAGUCCAAAGACCAAAUCGCCAAAGUCUUUGGAAUUCUUGACCAGGACAGGAGUGGCUUUAUUGAGGAAGAGGAACUGAAACUUUUCCUGAAGAAUUUCUCAGCCAGUGCCAGAGCUUUGACUGAUGCUGAGACCAAGGCAUUCCUGGCAGCAGGGGACAGUGAUGGAGAUGGUAAAAUUGGAGUGGAUGAGUUUCAAGCACUGGUCAAAUCAUAG